AAGCGUGAAAGGAAGUGUGCUCAAAAAAAGAUAACUUCUACUAACCAUUAUUCUGAAAGUCAUGAAAAUUCUUAUGAUAAUGUUGAUGAUAAGCUUGAUAAAACAUCGAAAGAUCAUACACAUUAUUUAUUAUCUAAUCCUAUAUCAAUUUAUUAUCAUAACACAGACUCAGAAAGUUCUAAGGAUAAUAUUAAAAAGAAUAAAAUAACGGAUAGUAUCUCUUCACAAGGGUCAGAGUCUGAAGAUCAUAAUCUAUUACUACCUGAUUCAGAUAACAAAGAAUCAAAGCCUCUUAAGAAAAUUCAUAUUUCUGAUUUUGAUAAGUUGACAUCACAAAGGACAACUGGAUCAUGCAAAGCCAAAUCAUCAAAAAGAUCAUUGAAACAAACUCUUAUGUUAGGUGAUUUAAC